AAACCGUCAGUAUGGAGAUCAUCGAGGAAGACUCUUACGAAAAAGAUGCUCUCUUUUAUGUUGAACUUGGGGAACCACAGUUACAAGGAGCCGAAGCAGGAAUCGCCGUAGCCGCGGAAUUGAAACAACCCGAAGAAAGAACGGAAGAAGAAAAAAUGGCACUCCUGGGUAAACCAAAACUGGGUGAAGUGUCUAAAGCGCAAAUAAGAAUUAAAGAAUCAAAGGAGUUCAAAAAUACCGUAGAUAAACUCGUUCAGAGGGCGAACGCUUCGAUAUUGCUCGGGACGAGCUCCUGGAAGGAACAGUUUACGGAAGCAUUAACUGUCAGUGGUGGCGACGAAGAGGACGAUGCGGAAGGAGGAGGAAGUGGAGGAGGAGGAGAGUCCUCAUCUCCAACACCAGCCGAUUAUCUCAUGCACUCUAUCACUAUCUUCUGGAAGGUCCUCUUUGCCUUCGUACCACCUACCGAUAUCGCCGGCGGUUAUCUGUGCUUCGCUGUCAGCAUAUUUGGAAUCGGGGUGGUGACGGCAGUAAUCGGUGAUGUCGCAUCCUACUUCGGAUGUACUCUUGGUAUCAAGGAUUCCGUCACCGCAGUCGUCUUCGUUGCUCUUGGCACAAGUAUUCCUGACACGUUCGCGAGCAAGGUGGCUGCCUGCCAGGACAAGUACGCCGAUGCGAGCGUUGGAAACGUGACCGGAAGUAACGCGGUAAAUGUCUUCCUGGGAAUCGGUAUAGCGUGGAGCAUCGCAGCCAUUUACCAUGCCUGCCACGGUGACCAAUUCGUUGUGGAGCCCGGCAACUUGGCCUUCUCCGUAACGUUGUUCUGUACGGAAGCCUGCUUGGUGAUCCUGGUGUUGCUGUUAAGACGGACGAAGAGCAUUGGCGGCGAGCUCGGUGGGCCUUUUGUACCGAAACUCUUAACGUCCGCCUUUCUCUUUUCCCUAUGGCUCUUCUACCUCAUCAUGUCCACCCUCGAGGCCUAUGGCAUAAUCCAAGGCUUCUAAAUCGCCAUCGCUAUGUGCGAUGCCAAACGUUGGCCUACCGAAGCUACGUUUAUAUUCGAUUCUUGCAUUCGUCCGCCAAGACGUGCGCUCAAGAAAACAUUCUAUUGGACAGGAGGAAGUGAAAUCAAACGAACGAACGAACGAACGAACGAAUGGACGGACGGACGAAAGAAAGAAAGAAAGAAAGAACGAAACACUCCUGGCGAGAGUGCGUCGAAAAGGAAGGAUGUUCACCCCCUCUUGAUCCCUGGAAUAAAAUGAACAA